UGAAUACAGUUAACUGUGCUCCUGCCUAUGUGGGUUGAUAGCACAGAGGUGUGCAAAGUGAAGCCAGUUAAACUACUGGAAAGAAGUUCCAGCCUGCCUGAGUCACAAAGCUUAGCCUUAUUACUUCUACACCAUUGAGUUUGCCUGAGAAAACAGAGCAGUCUCAGGAGAGGAGGCUGAGUUCAGGCUGCUGUUGUAGUUUUUAGUGCACUUGUGGUUUUUUCCAUUUAGUGCAGCACUAAGCAUUAAUGGGAUCUGAAUGGAGAGUAAAACUCGUAGAAGAAUGAUCAGUUCAAACAGCUGUAUAUGAAUCGGCAGUCCUGAGUGACAAACCUUCCUGAAGAAUGCAUGUUGUGAGGGUCGGAUACAGACAGGAUUUUAAGUACUAACCUGGACAGGAGCACAGAAAUGUUUUCUGCUACUUCCUGCUGUGUUCAUAGUCCCUUCUGUAGUGAAUGUUAAAGGAACAACAGGUAAUGGUGAACCACAAAUAGAUUCUGAAGUACAAGAAGUCAAGAAUCAACAGCAACAAAAUGAGUGUCCAGAAUAUUACGGUGCAAAACCAAUUGAGGAAAGGCACACUCAAUCAAGAGAGAGAUUUUGAUAAGCUGCAGUAUCCACUGUUGACUGGUGAUCAAAAUGGAAAUGAAGUUUCCUCCGAUACUGGGUCCCUCUCGGAUUCCUUUCGAAGUGUCAGCUGUUUAAGUUAUGGGACUUCUGCUGAUAGUCCUGUUGAAAUGAGUGAGUGUAACUCAAGCAUGGACCAUGCUGGCGAAGCCUUUAAUCACAAUUCUGUGUUUCUGAAUGAGAGCAUCGGUGAACCUAUGCUUGAAGGGGACUUGGGUAUUAGUGGCAGAACAGAAUUGGUCAGUUUUCCUUGGGUAAAAGAGCACUUUAAGGGAAUAAUGCAGCCUAAUCUUGAGGCAGACCCAAACCUGGAAAAAUGGAAUCCAAACCUUACCCUCGUGGUGCCUUGUAUGCAGGAAUGUACAAAAAAUAAGAAUAACUGCAGUGUAGAUAUAAGUACAAAGAAAAUUGAUCUUGAAUCUGUGACCCCAGGCAAUGAGAUGGCCAUUGAUGCAGAUGAAAUGCUUCCUGACCCUCCAGUCACAAAAAAAUCUCCGGUUUCAUCAAACAGUCCAGAAAAUGGGUCUGCAGAUAACAUGCAUGCUUCCUUGGAUUCUCUGAGUUCCAAUGAGAUGGUGAUGAGGAGCAAUAGUUUUAUGUUGACUAGCUCAGAGAAGCCUCUUAGUGCCUCUGUACUUGAGGCUGCAAACAGCACCAGUAGCAUCUCUUCUGAUCAGGGAAAGUUUUCAAGCACAAUGCCAGAUGUUUGUGGUGGGACAUUUGAAAACAACCAGCCAGAAAUAUCUAGCUGUAAUUUUGAUGCCAAACAAUGUACAGUAGAGGUAGCAAAAGAGCUCCAUGAAGAUGUUUUACAAGUGGAGUGCAGUGCCUCUCAAGGACAGCCUAAUUAUCUCCACCCUGCUCUGCUUGGAAGCUUCUCGGGUGCAGCAGCAGUUGAAUAUUUGUCCGUUCCAGAUCAUUUUGUAAAAGAUCUCAUCAAUUUAGAAAUAUCUGACCAAGAGGGAGCCAUACUAAUCCAUACACAUGAAGUUGGAGAGAAUGCUGUUGACCCAUCCACUCAAGACAUUCCUAUGCUUAAAGCUGAUGUUGUAAUGCCUCAGCUGACACUAAUGCUUUCACCAAACGAAGGAGUGUCAGCUGGAGCUUCUGAUGAAACCUUUUUGAUCCGUAGUCCAGAGGAAAAGAGCAAUUACCACACACAUACUUCCACUCCUUUGCCAGAAUCGAAGAACGUAACAUUUAUUAUUCCAUCUUUUGAGAUUCCAGAACAGGCAACUAAGAAUGCAAAGGAAGAUUUAUGUUCCUGCAAUGACAAGAGCCCUGUUCAAACCCUUAAAGGCAACCAGUUGUCCUAUGCAUUAAAAAUACAAGAAAGUACAAGGCCAACUACAUCUACUACAAGCAAAACUGCCAAAGUAGAAAUAUUGAAAUACCCUAAACCUGAUUUCAAGAAUAUAAAGCCCAAAGUUGUUUCAAGACCUUUGGUGAAAACUGACAAUCCCUCGCAUAUUAAAAAUACACAGAGAUCACCUUCCACACCCAGUAAGGGUUGUCCCCUUCCAAGGGCUUCACAAUCGCAAAAAGAGGAAGGGUCUGAAAAAGGACAUGACAUAGCACAGGAAAAAGCAUCAAGAAAUCAGAAGCAGGUGAUGGCAUGCGCCCAGCGUUUUCCAAGCAAGAUAACCCCCUUUUCAGCAGUUUCAAAAACAGUAGUCAACAGGGUUCAAAAACCUGCAUCCAAUUUAAGGCAGAGGAAUGGAGUAUUGGACAAAGGCAGCUCUUCAAAUUCAACAAGCUCUUUAUUCUCUGAGACUGCAGUAACUGAUUCCCACAAUAGGUUCAGCCGGACCAUUCUGAACAACAAAGCUGAGAAAACAAAGUCUUCUGUGAUUUCUGUUUCUUUGUCUCGCAAAGAAACUAUGGAAUGUAAUGACUUAUCAAGGGCUAACAAAGAAACUGGUGAUCUGACGAGUGGCAUUGUAUAUGAAUUGAAUUCUGGAGCUGUUGCAACCACCUCUUCUAUGGCCAACACCUUAGGGAGAGCUACAAAUGCCGAUUACAGAAUACUAACAUGGGAUCCUGUGAGUAAAACUGACUUUUUACAGAUGUUGUCAACUGAAUUGGCAGUAGAUUCAGACAUAAGCAAAUCCAGAGUUGGACAGAGGCCAUCCCUCAGCAAGCCGAAAAGCAGUGUAGGUCCACAGACUACGUCUGCAGACUUUAGACUGCCACCUGCUGCACCAAAACUGAAGCUGGGAAGUUUAAGCAAAGAUGGCCGCACCACUGGAAUCCUGUCUCCCCCAAGGACCAAACAGAUGCCAGCUUAUGGCACUCACAAAAUACCGAUUUCUACCAGAGCAAAGACAAGUUCUGCAAGGAUGUCCAUGAACACUGGCUCUGUCUCUGCUAGAUCUGCAACAGGGUCAAGACUGCCUGUGAAAGCUGCAGGACUAGAGAGAUCUUCCAGUGUGUCCUCACUCUUGAGCUCUCAUAGCGAGCCCAGUACCGGUACUUGCAGAAGUCAGUCUACAACUGCUACCAGCUGUAAAACUGUGGAUAAAUCUUCACGACCUAUACUUUCAAGUGGAGCUCUGAAUUCUGCAAGAACCUCAAAAGCAGUAAUGAGAAACAAGACUGCAGUUAAUCCAACUUCUGCAACAGGAAAUAAGACAAAUUCUUCCCAAAAUCAAGUAUGUUCAAGAUCUACCACUUCACAGAAUCAAAUAACUCCAAGGACUGCUCCUGGCAUUUCUGCAAGACAAGUGGGGUCAUCAGCGUGGAAUCGGUUAGCAGUGGACAAGAACAAGCUGAAGACAAGCCCCAGGAGCCGGCCGCCUCGAUCACAGACCCAGCCUGAUCUGCUGCCAACCGAGAACACGGCCCUUGGCCUAGCACAUUACAAAACACAGUGCGAGAAGAAAAACGAAUGCAUUCAGCAGUUCAAGAAGUUACUAGCCACCAGCAACCAUAGGUUUGAGGCCAUCACUGUGGUGGUGCAGCAUAUUUUGGCAGAGCGUGAGCAGGCUCUCAAGCAGCACAAAGAGACCUCACAGGAACUUGUUAAUCUGCACAGGGAAUUGGUGAGCACAACCACCUCGUGUGACAAGCUUGAGAGGGAGAAAGAUGAGCUGCGGACAGCGUUCGAGGCUGUGCUGCAGAAAGUGCAGGAACAGCACCAGGGCGAGCUGGCUGACCUGGAGGAGCGACUCAAGAACUUCUACUUGGCAGAGUGGGAGAAAGUACAUGAGGCCUACCAGGAACAGGCAGAGAAACUGAAAACACAACUGCAGCAGCAGGUUAAUGCUCUGAAUUCCCAACAUGAAGCUUUCAGGAAAGAACUUGAAACUAGCCAUUCAGAGAAGAUUGCAAUGUUCAAACAGCAGUAUGAAACUACUUUGGAAGAACUCAAGAAAUCUCAUGAACUGGAAAAUAAUUCACUUAAUGAAUCAUUUAAGGAAACUGAAGCAUCACUAUCUGAAAAAAUUGAUGAAUUGACUUCUUUGAAUAAUUCUUUAAAUGAAAAAUUGAAAGCAGAAGAAGAUAGAAGGAAAGCACUUCAUGAAAAGAAUCAGAAGGAUUCCCACACUCUGUAUUUGGAGCAGGAACUGGAAAGCCUGAAAGUUGUUUUGGAUAUCAAGAACGAGCAGUUACAUCAACACGAUAAGAAACUGAUGCAAAUGGAAAAAAUGGUGGAAAGGAAUAAUAAGUUAGAUGAAUGCCUUAAGAAGGUCCAGCAAGAAAAUGAAGACUUUAGAGCAAGAAUGGAUAGACAUGCAGCUCUGUCAAGGCAACUUUCAACUGAACAGACUGUUCUACAAGAAUCAUUGGAAAAGGAAUCAAAAGUCAAUAAACGUUUAUCUAUGGAAAAUGAAGAACUUCUCUGGAAGUUACACAACGGAGACCUGUGCAGUCCUCGAAAGCUAUCCCCUUCAUCUCCUUCCAUGUCUUUCCAAUCGCCACGUAAUUCUGGAGUGUUUAGUAGCCCUGCUGUUACACCGAGAUAACACUGUAACUGGGCUUCAUGGAAGCAUUUCAGUACUAUUGAUGGAAGCAGUGUCUAUCAUGACACACAGGAGCUAUAUUAGCUAUGUAUGAUCAUGAUAUAGUAUAUGAAAAUAUUAACUGGAGGCAAAGAAUCCAAAAUGGAUAUACUUUCAGCUGAUUUGUGUAUAAUAAAUACAACUGUACAAAGCCAAUGUUGCACAAAAGCACUUAGAGAGCAAGAUAAUUCUUGGUCUUUUGCCUUUUUGCCUGAUUUGGGGAGAGGGGAAACAAAGGAAAACUCAGGGCCUGUAGAUAAUAUAUCACUGUUUUAUUACCAAGUUUCCUUGUGUUCACAGAAUGCUUGGUCGAGUAGGUUGGGUAUGCUGUGUGAAUGAAAUUGGCACUUUGGGUGUGAGCACUUUUGAGGCUGCCAUCUUUUGUUAAAUAAGUAAAAUGAGCAGAUGUUCUGUACAUUGAUAACAUACAUUAUGGGAACAGGUUCCUAAAGUACACCUACAUCUAUUAAAAAUACUUAACGUGCAGAAAGAGAAUUUGUUUGUAAUGUGGUUUUUGAGAUGUGUGUGUCUGGAGCCUUCACUAUGGGAGAUGCCUCUGUUAAACCUGGGUUCGUAGGGAGAACAGAAUCGCCGUGGUGCGGUGUGUGUGCUCUAGACGUAGGACUAUGUUUGUUUUAGUUGUGGCCAUUGGACCAAAGGAAGUUUUUGUGCAUGCCUGACUACCACUAGAGUGAUAUCAACGCACUGUAAAUCAUGAAAAGGCACAGCUCUUCAGAGAAGCUCAAGCUAUGUAAUCAUGAACAUGUAGUUGUAAUGAAGCUUUCCUUAAUAUGCAUAUCUUUUAAGGUUUAGAAAGUCUUUUGAAUAUCACAAAAGGUAGUUGUGUGGGUGUCAAAAUAGUGUCAUCGGUGUGCAGUGUUGAAUCUAUUGAAAUAUGCAAUUAUGUAUACAAAAACAUGAAUAAAUAUAUAUUAAAAU